CACAAGAGGGCAGUAUUGUAGUUUUGUUUUGUUUUUUUGCCAGUCAUAGCUCAGAUUCUCAGUAUCCUUCUUCUCACACUCCUUCCUUUUAGUGCCAUGUUUCAUGCUUUUGUCUGUCUGGGAUAUAUUAAAGGUCUUAGCGUAAAAAAAGAGAGAAAAAACAAUAGAGCAAAAAGAAGUGUAUUCAUAAAUCACACUGUGGACCAGUCCCAACUGCAAUAAAUGCCAUCUACCUCUCACAAAAACGUUCUCCUCACUUCCCCCCUCUGGAAAGGGAGCAAACACACGCCAAAGCAGAAAAAAAAUUAUAUAGAGCAAAGAUGUGAAAACGUCUGUAUGUUGAUGGAUCAAACAGAAGAAAGACAAAAGUUUCAACACAGCCUGAAAGGAGGAGGAGAGACAAGAGAUAUCUGGAGACAAGGUGAAGAAGAAGAGCAGCAAAGGAAAGGUGGAACGGGGAUUCCUGUGGAUGUCUCAGUCAUGAAGCUGAACUUGAUGCUUGCCUUCUUUCUCCUUAUUUACCCAUACGCAGCCAUGGGAGGCAGAGCUCUGCGCAGACAGAGAGAAGCUGAAGAGAGGCUGACACCAUACAUUGGUAGAGUGGACCCCGAAAAGCUUUGUGAGCUGCUCAGAUGCCACAGUCCCGUUGGAUCUUGGUGCCAAGUAGUUCAGGAAAAGGGAAUUCUCACACCCAAGUGUGUUUGUCCGCAGUCAUGCCCACGGCAGAGGGCGCCAGUGUGCAGUGUUCUUGGAAAGACCUACGGGAACAAGUGUUUGCUUCACAAAGAAGCCUGUCGGAAGAGGCGCCGCACUGGAGUGGCUCACUCAGGACCCUGUUUGGUCCUCAAGAGCGAAUGCACCGAGGAAGAGCUGGGCCAGUUUCCAUAUCGUCUCCUGGACUGGUUUCUUCUCCUGAGGCGAAUGAGGGAGUCGUACACACCUGCAGCUCUGCCACAAACCUGUCUCAGCCACGGCGAGAGGACGCAGCUGGCAGAGGAAAGCUUUACUUUACUGGACAAGAACAAAGAUGGAAAGUUGAGCAGGAGGGAUCUGAAGAAGCUGCAUUACAAGAAGAUGCCUUCGGAGCGUUGCGCUACACCGUUCUUCCUGUCUUGUGAUCACGACAAGAACAGGAAAGUCACUGUGAAAGAGUGGACGGCCUGCCUGGUGGAUCGUAACGAGGCCUGGUUUUAUCGUUUCAUGUCAAUAAAAAUGGGCUCUCACCAGCUGUGUCCUACUGUCAAACAAGAACUCCUGCAUCUCCUUUGAACUUACAUCAGUACAGCAGCCUGAUUAAAUAAAAAAUAACAGUUUAUCCGCAAA